AUGCUGGCCUCCCUCACCCUCCUCCUGGGGCUGCCGCUCGCCCUUGCCGCUGAGGGCCCCAGCUGUCCCCCACUCGUCACCGUCACCUUCGACAAUGCCACCAUCCCUGGGCUCCUGGGACAGUGGACCUACAUUGCCGCUGCCUCCAGGUACCCGCCUCACCUGAAAGAGAUAAAGGCGGUGAAAUACGAAAUUUUUUCCUUCUCUCCUGGCAGCCACGAGGACGAGCUCAACGUCACCGAAAUCAUAAGACUGAACGAGACGUGCGUGGUGCAGAACACCGGCAAGAUCCAGGUCUUUUGGCACAACUCCACCCUGGAGUUCG